CAGAUCCACUCAUUCGUCUAGAUUAGAUUACACACCGCACAUCGUCUCUGGAUUUUCAGUUCAUCUUCUCAAGAGAGGCUUUAUUAUCCCAGUCUUCUCAACGUUAUCCAUCAUGAUUGAGAAAAAAUUGGCCUCCUUUGGGAAGAUGCUGCUAAGGCGUCGCAUGCUGGACACCUCUCAGAACGAAACCCGCUUUGCUCGCUGUCUCACUACUCUGGACCUCAUAGCCCUUGGUGUGGGGGCGACACUGGGUGCAGGUGUAUACGUCCUGGCUGGGCAAGUAGCCCGAGAGAAGGCUGGACCGGCAAUCGUGCUGUCUUUCCUUGUUGCGGCCUUGUCCUCUGUCCUCGCUGGCUUGUGCUAUGCUGAAUUUGGUGCACGUGUUCCCAAGACGGGAUCCGCUUACCUGUACAGCUACGUGACAGUUGGUGAAAUAUGGGCCUUCAUCACAGGAUGGAACCUCAUUCUGUCGUAUGUGAUUGGCACAGCUAGUGUGGCACGAGCUUGGAGCUCAACUUUUGACCAUCUAGUGCAGAAAAGGAUCUCUGUUUUCUUCAAUGGCUCCAUGUCAUUUCCAGACACUGGAAAUGUGUUAGCGGAGUAUCCAGAUCUGUUUGCCCUCAUCCUGGUCUUGUUGCUCACUGGAUUAUUGGCAUUUGGAGUGAGUGAGUCUGCAUUUGUCAACAAGAUCUUCACAGGAAUCAACCUGGUGGUUCUGACAUUUGUCAUCAUAUCGGGCUUUGUGAAAGGCGACACUGCCAACUGGAACCUCACUGUUGAGGACUACCUUAAUGGCACCAACAAAUCUGAAGCACACAACAUUGAAAAAGAAUUCGGCUCAGGUGGCUUUGCACCAUUUGGCUUUACCGGAAUCCUUUCUGGCGCGGCUACAUGCUUCUAUGCAUUUGUGGGCUUUGACUGCAUUGCAACCACAAGUGAAGAGGCCAAAAACCCCAUGCGUUCCAUCCCGAUCGGCAUAGUGGCCUCUCUGCUCAUCUGCUUUUUUGCCUACUUCGGAGUGUCUGCUGCACUCACACUCAUGAUACCCUAUUACAAGCUGGACGUUCUGAGUCCACUUCCUGAGGCCUUUGAUUAUGUGCACUGGCAGCCUGCUCGCUAUAUUGUGGCUGUGGGGUCUCUGUGUGCCCUUUCCACCAGCUUGUUGGGCUCCAUGUUCCCUAUGCCUCGUGUGAUUUAUGCCAUGGCUGAGGACGGUCUGCUCUUUCGCUCCCUCUCCCGCAUGCACAAGAAAACCAAGACACCCGUGCUGGCAACCAUUGUGUCUGGCAUUGUAGCAGCCCUGAUGGCUUUCCUGUUUGAUCUCGCUGCCUUGGUGGACUUGAUGUCAAUUGGGACCCUGCUGGCAUACACUCUGGUCGCUGUCUGUGUACUCAUUCUCAGGUACCAACCAGGCAGCCUUUGCUCCAGGGCUGUGGAUGAGAAGCCAAUGGAACUACAGAGGCUGGAGGCUAAAGGAGCCUUGGCAGAUGUGGAUAGUGGGGAUGAGUACGGCCAGGAGCUGGAGACAACGCCCCUUAAGGAGAGGUUUUCCAUCUGGAUGCUGGUGCAACCUAUCCGUGACGUACCCACCAAGAUUUCGGGCAUCAUUGUUUACUCUGCCACUGGCACCAUAUCUGUGCUGUUCACUUUACUGUGUGUGGUGCUGUCAGUGUACAUUCAGCAGUUGGGGAUGGGCAACCCUCUAUAUAUCACUUUGGUUGUUCUCCUGUUCGUCCUGUCUUCUGUCUGCAUCGUCAUCAUCUGGCGACAGCCCCAGAGUAAAGAGGUUCUCAGUUUCAAGGUGCCUUUGCUCCCCAUUCUGCCUUUGGUCAGUAUCUUUGUAAACAUUUACCUCAUGAUGCAAUUAAAUGGACCUACAUGGGCUCGUUUCGCAGUAUGGAUGGCUUUUGGUUUUCUUAUUUAUUUUGCGUAUGGAAUAAGGAACAGCUCUGAGGGUAAAACAUUUGAGCCCAUUUUUCAAGGAAAGAAGCCAAUCUACCUGGCCGAAGAUGACAGUGAACAUGAGAGGCCCACUCCUUAAGAAGAGCAAACUAGAUUGGUAUGGCAGCUAUGUUACAACCAGUUUUGUAAAAUGCAGUCACUUUCAUGUUUGCACCAUAUCAUUUUUCUGAAGUAUGUAUCGAAGAGUGAUCAAUUUUAUUCAGUAGGUAAACUGUAUUUCCUACUAAUAGUUUACCUUGUGU